GGGCCCAGGUGAUGACCUCUGAGCCUUUGUUGCUUGCUUGCCUGGCCAUGCCCCUUCUCCAGGUUGCCCACAUUUUCUCUCUGAAUCCUGAGAGUGCAGGAGGGCAGGAACCCAGCUCCUCUGUAACACUGCCCUUCUGGGAGUAUUGCCCAAAAUACUGAGCCCAGGGGGUGUGGAGGGGAGGCUAGGAAGAGCCUUUGCCCUUAUAUUAAAAAAAAAAAAAAUCAAAUCGCUCAUUCAGUUAUAGCGUAAUUUCGAGGCACAGUCAGAAGUCAGACAACCCCCGUGCCUGCCUUGGUGGGCGAGCCCCACUGCCCACCUCCUUUGGGAGGGUGGACAUCAUGUGCCCUGCGGACAAGACAGGCCUCGGCCCUUCUGCCGCCAUGGGCGCCACUGCAGAAGAGUUGACCAUCUGGCGAAAGCACAUGAAUAAUAACAAGCUGCACACCCUAGCUCGGCUGAGCCGGGAUGAAGUCUCUAUGAUAUGGAGCCAUGUUUCUGACUUUAUUCUACGACAGCUGAGGCUGCAAAAGGGGGUCUACAUACCUGCUUUUGGGACAUUUACUUUUAUGAGGCAAAAACUAGAUGCUGGGAACAGGUUUAGCUCUAUCCAGAUACCGAUCUUUAUCAUGUCAGAGAAGCUAUUGCAGCUACAUGGACUACGACAAACUAAGAUCCACACACCUGGGGAUAUCCCCGUUGUACCACUGAAUUUUAUCAUGGUUGCCAUAGCGGGGCAUUAUAGCAGGGACACAGUCGAAGGAUGCAUUAAAGAAACUCUGCAGCUCUUAUCACGAUCAAUCUGCACACGAAAGAAAGUUGAUUUACUUUCCAAGGACUCGGUAUCCUUACAAUUGAAAAUGGCAAAUUCUGAAUUGUCUAUAGAGUUGUCACCCUUCAGUUGUUGGCCUGUGUUAGAUGACAAGUGCCCCAUGGGCAAAGACAGGCUUGAUUCUAAAGACAGGCUUGAUUCUUACUCAGAUAAAAUGAAACCUCAAAGUGUAAAUUCAACUUUAGCAAACAUCAAAAAUUCGAAGAGAAGUCCAAACUGUGUCCUUUCAUUCCCCAGAAUCGAAUUCAAAUUACAACAAAAUAAUGAAACUACGGAAACAUCUAAACUGAGAAAGUCUGUGUUAAAAAUGAAGCCGGACAAAGACGAUGUGCAAGAAAAUAGUAGAGUUCUCAUGUCUGUAGCUGAUGUGACUUUGGUUGAAACAUAUGUAGAAAUACAAAGGUUUUCUUUCUAA